AUGGACAUUGGAAUGGUAGUCAUGAAGCUGGUGACUCUCAGGGUGGUGGCCAUUUGGUUUGGUGGCCUUGGGAGCUGGUGGCCCCUUAUGACGCUCAAGCUGAUGCUGCUGUUGCUGAUGCCUUGUCUGAUGGUGCUCAAGAUCUCUUUACCCAUUGUCCUCCCAGGUGGUCUUGACCCUCUUCAUGUCCCCAAGGAGAUGGUCUCCCUGUCCCCUCCUCAUGUCCCACCACCACGUCCUGUUCACCUUGAACAUCUCCACAUUCCCCCUCAUGUCCUCCCCAUGUCCCCACCACCUCUCCACAUUACACUGCCCAUCUCCGUGUCCCCAAUUCCAUCUUCCUGUCUCUUCCACCUCCUCCAUGUCCCCUGCUCAUGUGCCACCACCGUGAUCUCCAGACCCAAAUACCUCCCUGAAAAUCCCACUGCGGAGCCAAAUUUCCUCUCAGGGACCCUUCUGGGACACCAACAACCUCUCCCCAUAACUCUAAAUCCCACUCCCGCAACCCCCCAAAUAACGCCUCUGUCUCUGCCCAGGCUUCCCCGGACCAUGGCUCGCUCGCCCCCCACUCGGGGCUGGGCCCCCCCACCGCCCCCGCACCGCCUGCGCUCCCUGGCGCGCUCCUGGCUGGACGAGGACGCGCCCUGGCCGGACGCCGCGGUGGCGACCGUGGGGGACACCGCGACCCGAGCGCAGCUACUCAGCAAGGGCGGGGGGGACUCGGGGGGUGUCCUGGCAGGGGUCCCUUUCGCCGAGGCUGUUUUCGGGGUGUCGGGGUGCCGGGUCACCUGGAGGGUGCCCGAGGGGGCGGUGCUGCCCCCUGGGCGGGUGUUGGUGGCCGAUGUGGAGGGUCCGGCCGCGGGGGUGCUGGGAGGGGAGAGGGUCGCCCUCAAUAUUUUGGGGCGCUGCAGCGGGGUGGCCUCGAUGGCCGCGAGGGCUGUGGGGGUGGCCCGGGCACAGGGCUGGGCGGGGGUCGUGGGGGGCACCCGAAAAACCACGCCCGGGUUCCGCUUGGCCGAGAAAUACGCGCUGGGCGUGGGGGGCGUUGACCCUCACCGGGGAGGUUUGGGGGGACUCCUCCUCCUCAAGGACAAUCACCGAGCACUGGCGGCGGCAGCGGGGGGGCUCGAGCAGAUGAUUUUGGGGGUACGCCGGGCUGGGGGCUUCACCCGCCGGCUGGGGGUCGAGUGCUCAGAUGUGGAUGAGGCGCUGGCAGCUGCUGGGGCUGGGGCUGACAUCGUCCUGUUGGACAACCUGGCCCCCCAGGAGCUGCAUGCGGUGGCAGCGCAGGUCAAGGCUGCACAUCCUGGAGUGACAGUGGAGGCCAGCGGGGGCAUUGUUCUGGGGACCCUCCCCCAGUUUUUGGGGCCCCACAUCGAUGUGGUGUCCAUGGGGUGUCUGACCCACAGUGCCCCCGCUCUGGAUUUUGCGCUGCGGGUGCUGGAACCCUAA